ACAAACCAGGCCGAAAUGACUUUGAAACGAAGUGUUCAAAUGAACCGAUUCGCGGAAACGAGUCGGACUGUACGUGGGCGUGGCUUACAGGACGCGACCAAUAGCGCUUCAGUGGGCGUGUACUUAAGUCCUUCCAUCAUCACUCAUGUGUUUUACGAUGUCCAGCUAGCGACGUUACGUAGAUGCUACACAGAGAGGCGCUCACUAUUAACCAUUAAUCAGGAGAGGGAUAUGGCUCAGGAGACCAAUCAGACACAAGUGCCUUUGCUCUGUUCUAAUGGUUGUGGGUUUUACGGGAACCCGCGUAAUAAUGGCAUGUGCUCGGUGUGCUACAAAGACUCCUUGCAGCGGCAGAACAACAGCUGCAGGUUCAGUGAUUCAGUGUCUUCCAGCAUUAGCAGUAAAGGAGAAUCUAUGACUGUACAAUCGACGUCACAGCAUGAACAAAACAGUCAGUGUUUCUCAACAACAACAACACUAGCAGCAGCAGCAGUUACACACAAAGACAGUGCUUCAGCAGCAGCUCAGUCAGGCCUGAAAGCACCAGAAGACUUAUCGUGCAGUAAACUGGUGAGAAACAUCCAGGAGUCCACGGCAGGUAGCUCAUCAGCGGAGGAGUGCAUAGUUAGAGGAAAGAGGAAGCUGGAUGAAACUUGUCAACCCAUAGAAAGAGUGUCUGCCUCAGAUGUCUCAGAGCAAACCUCAGAUGUACCAGAGCAAUCUAGACCUAAGAAGAACCGCUGCUUCACUUGCCGCAAGAAAGUCGGGCUCACUGGCUUUGACUGCCGGUGCGGACACUUUUUUUGCAGCAUUCACAGAUACUCAGAUGUUCACAACUGUAGCUUUAAUUACAAGGCUGAUGCAGCUGAGAAAAUAAGGAAGGAAAACCCGCUUAUCGUCGGGGAGAAAAUCAGGAAGAUUUAAGCUGAAGAUUGCAAAGAUGUUUUUUUUUUUUUUACUCUUUUCCUUGAAACCUUGAAUUGUGCAUGCUACAAUGAAAUGCAUACGCAAAUUUAUUUUGUCUCUUUGUUUCAAUUUACCUCUCAAAUUUAUUUACUCACAAAAUACUGUGGUAUGUAAACAGACAAAUAUUUAUAUAAUUAGUCAUUUAAUUUGCAUUAAUAAAUGGGUUUCAGUUCUCAUAUGCUGAGGCGACCCGGGAUAACGAUUGUAAGCAAGAAAAUGA